GUAAACUUUUCCCAAAUAUUUUUGUCUAAAAUAAGUUGCAUGGUAAUGUCCAAGCUCGAUAAAAACACUAACGACGUCGUAUAUAACUGCCGAAUUUAGGGUUAAUGUUCUCUUCCAACGGGAAUCCCGGCGAUCUGCUUCGCUUCAAGGAUCUGAUUAGUAUAUUCACUUAUGCACUUGUACUCCGUAUCAAGUAUUCGGGUGAUUAUUUCCAUCGCCUUUGAAUUGAUGCAACCAGAACAAACCAAAUGUUAAAUUUCGUCAGUAAGACAUUGCCGCAUUUGAGGCCCUCUGCUAGAUCUUCACUCACUGGUAUAAAGCUGUACGUAACAAAAGCUAGAGGUAAAUCCGCUAAUGCAGCGAAGAAGGAAUCAUUUGUAGUUUCUUAUCUGAUAGAUAAAUGUGGGUUUGCUCCAGAAAAGGCAUUUUCUGCUUCCAAACGAAUCACAUUCAAAACUCCAGAUAACCCGGAUUCUGUGCUUUCCUUCCUGAAAACCCACGGAUUCUCAGAAACCCAGAUCUCAAAACUAAUUCAAAGAUGCCCCUCAAUCCUUUCGUGCCAUCCUCAGAAUACCCUUUUGCCCAAGAUUGAAUUUUUGAAGUCUGUAGGUUUCACAGUGGAGGAAUAUACUGCUAUGCUGUGUGGAGGCCCUAGUAUUUUGCAGAGAAGCUUGGGGAAUCAACUCUUACCCACAAUAGAGUUUCUUAAACAGUUUUUUUCUUCUCCAGAGCAAAUAAAAGUUCCCCUGAAACGCAGUCCUUGGAUUUUCUCCACAUCAUGUCAGGCUCUAAUGGAAGAUAAUAUUGAACUCUUGAGGAGAUUGCAAGUGCCUGAAUUGAGCAUUGUGCAUUAUGUUCAAAACCAACCUAGACUGUUCACCAAGGAAAAGGAGGAGUUUAAAAGGAUUCUGGAGGAUAUCAAGGGAAUGGGGUUUGACCCAUCCAAAAAAUUAUUCAUGGUUGCAGUUCAUGUGGCUUCUUCCAUGACUAGAUUGACUUGGGAAAAGAAGAUGCGUGCUUAUAAGAAGUGGGGGCUUUCAGCUGAUCAGAUUCUUGAAACUUUUGUGAGGAAUCCGUGGAUUAUGGCAUGUUCUGAAGAAAAAAUUCUACGGGGAAUGGAUUUUUUUGUCAACAAAUUGGGUUUGGAAUCUUCUGAUGUCUUUAGAAAACCGGUGCUUAUUAUGCUUAGUUUGGAGAAAAGGAUUAUUCCUAGAUGUCUCGUUUAUCAAGCAUUGGCGGCUGAGGGUUUGUUGAAGGACAUAAAACUAUUUAUUGGGAUGUUUGUGUUAUCUGAAGCUAAGUUUGUUAAGAAGUUUGUAAAAUGCUAUGAGAACAGGAUUCCCGACCUGCCGAAGCUAUAUCAUUCUUCUAGAGGUGAUGCUAAAGUUCACCUUUCUUGACUGUUCUUUACCAGUUUUCUGCUUCUAGUGUAGUGCUUAAGUCAUUAAGCUGACAAGAUUGUACCAACCAGACUUUUGAAGAGCAGACUUUUGAAGCAGCAAAGAAGAGAUCUGCUACCUGUGAAUGAGUGAAUGAGUUUAGCCUGAUCAAAUGGACACCCAGAAGCUAUUUUUGUUUUCAUUAUGAUUUGUUAUACACCAAAACCUUGAAGUAUUUCCCAGGCCAGAAGUACAGGCUGAUAAUGUUGCAUAAGUUAUUGAUGGUACUUCAACAUCUAUGCUUGGAAAGAACAAUUGCUACUUUGAUCAUCAUAGGUAGGAAGUAAUGAUCGAUAAAAGUGUGCCCCCAACCAUAUUAUUAUCCAAUUGAGUGCAUGAAAACAAGAGUUCUUGAUAAUAGUAAAAUGACUGAUAAACUUGAUCAGCCAAAACUCUGCAAACAGUCAUUAUCGGCCAGAGUAGUCGAUUACUUCCACUCACCUCAGUCAUCUUUUGGUUCGAAAUAAAGGGUUGUGUUUGUUUGCUGGUACCUAUGAAUUUAAUAUAAG